AUGAGUAUUGAAACAAUUCAAGAAAAAAAUGCAAUUGACAGGAUUGUGGACCUAACACGAUCUCUGAACAACAAUAACGAUUCCAGUGCGUUGCUUACAAAACUUCAAAAUGCCGUCGGGAAUCAAGACGUCUUGGAAACUCUUUUGAGUCAAUUAGCUGAAAUUGUUUCUUAUGACCCAGACAUGCCAGUUAGCAUAACUUCCAUUCGGUGUUUGCAACUCUCUGUUCACUUGGUAUUUCUCUUAGGCAUUUAUACCCAAGUUCCUAAGGAGCUACUUGCUCCCGCAAAGAUCAAAGCCGUUCCACCUUUUUCCCCCAAAACAAGCAUCCUUUCUAUAUUUAAAUUUCUAGUCCCUGCACUGCUUAAACCGAAUUUGCUUCAAGGUCCAGUAAGUCUUCAUUACGCAGAUUUACUAAUGGUGUAUCUUUACCUUCAAAACACCUAUGAACCUAAUUUGCUCAACGAAGAUUUUGGAGUUACCAAAGAAUCGCUUAUUCGCGUCAUGUCACCAGAAUUCGUUGAUCCCGCGAAAAUGAUAUCUGCAUGUUUGCAAUUAUUACAGCCAAAAGUUCCUCCAUGGAUGCGAACACAACUCAAUCAUUACCUAACGACUAGUCUAUGCAAACGCAACGGCGUUGAAGGGUUCUUGAAGGUUUUUAUGCAAAUAAACCCCAAUUCAAUUGAAAGAGCUCAACAAGCCGCUCGUCUUAUCUCAUCCGUUCCAAAAAAUAUGAAUGAACAGACUUAUUUGAGCUUGAUACUUCCUCAGAUUUGGAACUUAUUCUUUAAUUUACCAAGACUUGCUUGCCAAAUCACCAUCGCACUUUUAGCAACUCACAGACAUCUCACUUGGGAUUUCUUGAACAAACAACUUUCUCCGUUAAUGUCCCCAACUAUUAUUGAUCUUACCCCUGUUGAAAAUUGUCUAAAGGUUUUGGAUGCUUUUGCUUCCAUCGGAAAUGAAGACAUGAUAAAAAUAGCCGAAGGAUUUGUUCCUUCACUACUUCAGUUACAACCUAAUAGUACUCUUGGAAAGCAGGUGCAGGAAAGCUUACUAACGAUUAUUUCAAAAACCGGUACCAGACCUCUGCUUCAAUCUCUUGAAUCCAUCCAUCAUUUGAGUUCUUUUUGUCAUUUGCUAUCCAAUUCACAACUUGCUCAAUUUUUACCCCAGUUACUUGAAUUAUGGGUUAUGCAACCUGCAGAGCAUCGUUUAGAGUUACUUGAGGUUGUACAGUAUGCCCUCACAAGAGUUGACACAGAUGAAAUCCCGAGUGAACUCAUGGUUUCGGUUUGCAGUAAUUUGAUCGGCGAAGUUACAGAAAACUUGAACAACUCUGAAUCCGUCCUUGAUAUUUCUUCAAGAAGAGACGUUGUAGAAGAAAAUGAGGAAAUUUUACUUAUUUUAUUACAUCUUUUAUCUUCCGUUAUUGGAAGAAAUCGAGAGUUGGGUCACAAAAACUCAAUUCCAUCUCUUCUCUCUCCUUUAAAACAACUGGCAGAUUACCCCAAUCAAGUCAUAUCAGCGUUAGCAAAUGAUGUUUAUAAGACGCUAAUAAAGGAAAAUGAUGACUAUUCAUCUGCUUUAUCGUAUAUCCAUAAUGAUCAAGUUCCAGUUCGAGGUCAAGGAAUCUAUAUGCUUCGAAAGUUAAUUGAAGCCAAGGAUAAGAGAGUUAACCCACUUCGAAUACUGCACACCUUGUUGGGGCUUUUGACGGAUGAAGAUAGCUAUGUGCAUUUGAAUGUUAUCGCUGCUUUAGUGUCUCUGUGCGACAAAUAUGGAGAUAUGAUGAUACAACUCCUUAGUGAAUAUUCAAAGGUUCAAAAGUAUUCCACUGAUGAAACUUUGCUGAUCGGACAAGCCAUAUACCAAAGUAUGGAGCGAUUGGGUGAACUUACUUCAAAGUAUUAUGGACAGAUAGAACAGACGUGUUUAAUUCUAUUGAACGAUGAGGUUAUUGAUGUCAAGAUUUCUGCUUUAAACGUCGCUGAAUUACUAUGUCGCUAUUCAUCGAGCAAUGCUUUUGUUGAAUCAGCCGCCGCUAUUUUGAAUUUAGAAAAGACAGAAGAUAAAAAGUUUCUGCGAAGAGUUGCUCUUCAAGUUCUUAAUUCAUCUUCUCAUUUACCAAGCUCAGUAAUUACAAUUUUGGAAUAUUUAAGUACUCAUGAUGAAGAUGGUUUUAUUCGUGAGCAGUGCUCUCGACUGGUUAUUAAUAAAACCGAAGAAAAUAGGUUCUUUUUGGGAUAA